AUGGCACCCGCGAAAACAUCGUCCAUCGAGGACUUUCUGGAACCUCUCUCGGUGGACAUUGACAAGAUCCAUUCGCUGUCUCAACGUUUUUUGGUGGCCUUUGAGAAGCUUGCGUCAGAUUCGCAAAACCAAGGAGGCACAAAUUUGAGAGUUGGCUUCGUCGAACUCGGGACGUCCUCGUCAGACAAUACAGAUGGUCAUGCUGUCAAUGGAUCAGACACUCGCACCGGAUUGCACAGAUAUGUGAAGCGUCUGCUGGAACGGUCGUGGCCCAUCGACGAGCACCUCAAGAACGAGAACCCCGACAGCCUCUUCCUCUGGAUUGGCAAGUGCAUCGCAGAGGUGGUCCACGAUGGCUGUAAGACGUUGCGUCUGCCGCUCGACCAGGCCAUGCCGCUGGGUGUGACGUUUAGCUUCCCCAUGGUGCAGCACUCUCUGUCCGAGGCCACCCUCAUGUCCAUGGGCAAGGGGUUCGCCAUCUCUGCUGACUUGGACCUUGGUGAUCGCCUCACCGACGGAUAUAACCGUGCGAAACCGUCGGAGCUGCCGCCCAUCCGCGUCGAGGCCAUCGCCAACGAUUCAGUGUCGACACUCGUCUCGUUCAUCUUCAACUUUGACGAGGCUGUUAACCGAAGAGCCUCGAUGGGCCUGAUCCUCGGAACGGGCUGCAACGCCACCAUCCCGCUCAAGGUGAGCCAACUGCAUCCUAGCAAACGCCCGCGAAGCGUUGUGACCCGGCCGGAGGAGCGAGCAGAGGACGUCAAGAUCGCCAUCAACACCGAGUGGAGCAUCAACGGGACGGCGCCUCCGCUGCACGAGGUGGGCUUGGUGAGCGCAUGGGACAAGGUGCUCGACUCGCAGAACGAGCUGCCCGGGUUCCAGCCGCUCGAGUACAUGACGGCGGGGAGGUACUUGGGCGAGCUCGGGCGCAUCAUGCUGGUCGACUACAUGACGAAGCACCUGGGCAUCGCGGCGGAGACGCUGCCUGAGAAGCUGCUGCGGCGGCACGGUCUCACAACCACGUUCCUGAGUCACUUCAAGCCGCUCCGGCCAUCGGUCCUGCUCGCCGGUCUGCGGGAGGAAUUCCCCGAGUCAUCGGGCUCGCCGCCAUUCACGUGGACCGAAGAACUCGCCAGCGCCCUUUACCAGAUUGCAAAGGCCAUAGAAGUCCGCGCAGCUGGCAUAGUGGCGGCCGCGACGUUGGCGUUGCUUACGCUGGCGGGGGAAGUUCCAGCAGAGGGAUCCGACGUCCUGCAGCAGGAUCACGAACUGGGAGUCGGGUACACGGGCGGAUGCAUCGUGCACUUUCAAGACUACCUCGAGGACUGCCAGGAGUUUCUGGACCAGCUGGUGAGGAAACGGUUCAACGGGCAGAAGACGGUUCGAGUGCCUCCCCGCCCCCGAUGGUCGCGCCGAACCCGCCGUGGGCUUUGCGGGGCUAAAUCUAAGCUGCAAGCGCGGGUUGCCUGCAAGUGCGCAACCCCCGGGAAAAGUCUGCGAUCACGACAACGGCGAACCUCCUCCGUCCCGGGCACGGCUCCCCUAUCGGAUGCGGGCCGCUUCCCCGUUCCGGUGCCGGUCCCCGCGCGCGGCCGGACCAACAGCGACAACGACGAUGACCAAGACGACGAGGUUGUUGAUCCAAGCGAGUUUCAGGCUCUCUCGAGGUCGUUGACCACGGGAGGUCAUUUUCUACAGCCAGAGUCUAUGGAGAGUGCUAUGCUUAGGCCUAACCCUAACCCUGUAAUUCAUCGUGAAGAUGGGGAGGCGUUUUACACGGAUGACGAGGAGGAUGAAGAAGAGGAAGAUGAUGGGGAUGUGCCUCAUGAAGAGUCUCCUCUAAUACAUCGACGUCACUCAAUUACAGGUCGAUCUAUAGCAUCAAUCGCAACCAAUGGAACAACCGCCUCGUCCCCCUUCCUCAACGGCACAUCAACAACAAGAUUCUGGUUCAUCUUUUCACAGAUCCUAGCAGCCUACUUUAUAUCCUGCUUCGACGGCACAAUCAUGGCGUCGUCGCACCCGGUCAUCACGUCGUACUUUGGCGCCUCCAACUCUGCCUCGUGGCUCUCGACUGCCUUUUUGCUCACCUCGUCGGCGUUCCAGCCUCUGCUGGGCCGUCUUUCGGAUGCUGUUGGCCGCAAGCCGCUGUUUGUCGGUUGUCUGGGUGUUUUUGCUGUUGCUACUACUUGGUGUGCUCUUGCGGGGAGUAUUGAGAGUUUUAUUGUUGGUAGGGCGUUUUGUGGUCUUGGUGCUGGUGGUGUCAUGACACUUGGUAGUAUCAUCGUGAGCGAUCUCGUACCUAUCGAAGACCGAGGUGCCUACCAGUCCUACAUCAACAUGAACUACGGCGUCGGUUCAGCCCUAGGCGCUGCAACAGGAGGUGCCAUGGCCGACUACUUUGGCUGGCGGUGGGAGUUUGGCGUCCAGGUUCCUCCGCUGCUUCUGUGCAUGGUGGUUGCCUGGAUCGCCAUCCCGGAUGAUCUUGGCAUCGAGGGGGAGAGGAAGGGUGUGUGGCAGGCUCUCAAGGAGUUUGAUGCAAAGGGAUCUCUGCUGCUGACUACUUCUAUUACUUUUGUGAUUCUUGGAUUGAAUCUUGGAGGCAACGUUCUGCCAUGGUCUCACCCCUUUGUCAUUGCCUCGCUCGUCAUCUUUGCCGUCGUCUUCCCGACCUUCCUCUGGGUAGAAUCAUGGGUUCACAAGCCCAUCAUGCCUCUCUACCUCAUCCGCCACGCCCCCAGAGCGAACCUCAUCUUCUCCAAUGUCAUUGCAGCGCUGCUUGCCAACUCGAUCCUGUUCAACAUCCCCCUGUACUUCCAGGCCGUCCUCCUUACCAGUGCCACUUCAUCUGGCCUCCGUCUUAUCAUCCCGACCGUCGCGUCCUCUUUCACAGGUACUCUUGUCGGGUUCGCUGUAACCUGGACCGGCCGCCUCAAGUGGCCCGUCAUGAGCGGCACUAUCUGCAUCCUCAUCGGGACCAUCGGCCUCUCAGCCCUGCGCCGGGACCUCCCCUCCCCCGUCUACCUCCUCAUCCUACUCCCCUCGUCCAUCGGCCAGGGCUUCCAGUUCCCCGGUACCUUCAUGGCUAUUCUUGCCGCAUCUGCCCAGACUGAGCAGGCCGUCGUCACAAGCACGCUCAUGCUAUGGCGCAGCCUGGGUAUGGUCCUUGGUGUUGCGAGCAGUAGUCUGGUCGUCCAGAACGCCCUGCUGCAUUACCUCAACGUCUUUGUCCAAGGCGACGAGCGCGAAGACGUGAUACGCCGCGUGAGGGCUUCAGUCGAGGAGGUUUUGAAGCUGGAACCCCAUUAUCGCGAGCAGGUUGUCAAGAGUUACGAGGCAGCUUUGAGACUGACUUUUGUCUGCUGUACCUUCUUUGCCCUGCUCUCGGUGCUGUUGGUUCUCCCCAUCAAGCUUCCUCGUCUUGGUGUUAGAAAGCACAGAUCUAGGUAG